AAUAAAUUAAAAACUCGUUCAUAAAAAAAGAAUCUUAUCCUACAUCUCUAUAACGUCAAGUUUUAUAUUUAAUCUAGUCUAAGAAAAUUUACAUAGGAAUAUAUUAGAUAAUUCAAAAUAUAAAUUUUAUAAAUGUAGAGUAAAAAUAGCUCGGAAUAUCGCAGAUCUAGUACAUUAUUCAUCAUUUUACAUAUUUUGUGCUCUUAGCAACUGUACAAAAUUAUACAGUUAUAUCAAUAUGGCCGCAGAACAGGUUAAACAAGAGACAGAUGCUCCACUUACAAAAUUCGAAAUAAAUAAUUCAACAAAACCGAAGAGAAUUCUAUUGUUUAGUGGCAAGAGAAAGUCUGGAAAGGACUAUAUCACUGAUAAUUUGCAUAAAAGAAUUGGUUCGCAAAGGAGUGUAAUUAUACGAUUAUCAGGACCUAUCAAAACGCAUUGGGCAAAAUCUUUAAAUCUUGAUAUCAAUCAAUUAUUAGGACAUGGAGAAUACAAAGAAAAAUACCGACUUGAUAUGGUUAAAUGGGGAGAGGAUAUGCGUAAGAAAGAUUAUGGCUACUUUUGUCGUGCUGCUAUUGAUAUGUAUGACGCAUGGAAUAAAUCAGUAUGGGUAAUCAGUGAUAUCAGAAGAAAAACUGACAUUAAAUGGUUCAUGGAAAAUUUUGGAGAUUUAUGUAAAAAUAUACAUAUAGUUUGCUCUGAGGAAGUUAGACAAAAACGUGGCUGGAUCUUUACACCAGGUAUAGAUGAUUCAGAAACAGAAUGUGAUUUGGAUGAUGUAAAUAAUUGGGAUUUGUUGUUGGAAAAUAAUGAUAAUGUUGAUACAGAAGUUUUACUGCAACAGUUAUUAGAACUAACAGGACUUGACUAGCAGAAAUACUUCAAUUUUAUCAAAUGCACAAUAAAAAGUAUUUCAUAACUUUAUUAAUCUUAAGUGAAGAUAAAAAAACUAUAUUAUUUCUGACAAUCUAAUUAUAAUAAUUUGUUAUGC